AACUCUCAUUUCGUAACCCAUCGCUGCACAUCAACAAACUGAGAACGUCCGCGGUCUAUCAGCCUGAUAUUCAGGCAGUGCUUAAACAAAAUGACAGCAAACACAAAGCGAAUUCUGGUGCAUCUGAAGAAAACAAAACCUAAAGAAGGACAAGAAGUUCUCGCACGGUUCUCACAGGUUUUCUGCAUUCUGGAGUAUUUUGGGACAACUGACCUCGCGACACAUCUACAUGCUGAAAUGGACAACAACAGGCUUGUAGUGACGGAUGACCUCACAGGGAAAACACCAGUCAAACUAAAACACCCGCCCUUCUGUCCAGUUCUUCACCUCACCCCGGAGGAUGUCGCAGCUCUCCCUCCAGAAACUGCUAACCGAGGGGUAGAUGUGGGAGCUGCUGUUGUCAUGGAAACAGGAGAUGGAAAAGUGUUACUGACUAGAAGAGCCAAACAUUUACGAGCAUUUCCGGGAAUUUGGGUUCCUCCAGGUGGGCACAUAGAGGAAAAUGAAACUUUUGUGGAAGCGGGUCUGCGUGAGUUUGGUGAGGAGACAGGCCUACAGCUACAAGCUAGCCAGUGUGUUGGGAACCAGCUGCAUCUGUUGGCUCUCUGGGAGUCUGUCUACCCACCAAAGCUGUCACAUGGUCUGCCAAAACGUCAUCACAUGGUUGUAUACUUGUACGGGAAGCUGAUCUCUGACCUGACCUCGGAUAAAUUGACCAGUCAGCUGAAGAUGCAGCCAGAGGAAGUGGAUGCCUGCACAUGGCUGGACCGUGAUGUCAUCUCGGGCAUUUUGAAACUGUCGGAUGAAGAGUCGCCAGAACAGCAGAACAUCUCUGGCAGCCUACCUCAAACUGUCAGAGCAACUGUCCUGAAUGAUGAAGGCAAGCAAGUUGACCUUGACCUGCCCUUAGCCCCACUGCUACAGACAUCUGGAGACAAGGAAUCUUUAGGGAGGGUCAGCACUGGCACCAAGUUCGCCCUUGAAGAAUGGCUAAAGAGGACAUCUGAUUGAUGCCUGGAGCCUAUAGAAAAUAAUAUUCAAGAAACUUAAUAUUGAAGAAAGUUAAUUUUCAAGGCAAAUCGGACAGCCGUGAAUCAGAUUUGGCUCGAGGUGUAACAAUUGAUUGAACUGUUGGUGCAUCACGAUUGUCCAUUGCUGAUAUCAGUACAUUAAUGACAAGUUUUAAUUCCAACAGUUAAAAUCGAUAUCGCACUGCAUCAUACAUAGUAUGGGUGGACCUAAUAAAAUGAAAUACAUACUCAUUAA